AUGCUUAGGACACACCUGCCAACGGUUAGCCCUAGUCAAUCAUCUGGUUUGGUACCACUUCAACCUUUUUCAGCUCAGCCUUUAACUUCUAACAUAUCAAAUAAAACUUCUAAUUCUUUAAGCACUGUCGGGCCGACGUGGAGUAAUUCAGGCGGUCUUAACAUAGACAUUGACAAUCUAACCAUAUCCGGUAACAAAUUGAAUAAUAAUAAAAGAGAGCCGAGCAUGAAUCAAAUGGCGAUUAAUAAACCCGCAUCACAAAAUUCCACAGGGCUUAUAAUGGGAGGAGGAUCGUCGAUUAAUAAUAUGAAAAAUUCAAAUUUUUUCAAUUCGUCCAACGGUCUUUAA